AUGUUUUGUUUUGAUUUGGGCCUUGGCCUUGGGGUAAUGUAAUUUGUGAAUAAUUGUAAAAUUCACUAUAUAAAGUUCUAAACUAGCCAAAAAAAAACACAUUGGCAUGCUCUUCAAUUAGUUCAAUUCAGUUAAAAAUUUACAAAGUAAAUAACACAUUUAUUGGCAAGUAAAUUUCAUAUUUGUAUGCUUCGUAUUAAAGUAGCACAAAUUCUUUAAAUCAAAGUGAAAGCAGCUAAUUUUCUAUUUGAAACAGAAUCGAGAAUAUAUUUAACAUGUUUAUCUCAAGUAAAAUGCGCACUAUUAUUAAAUAUUCCCUUAUUGGGGGAGCCCUAGGAAGUACAGCCCUCAGUUUACAACGUAAUCAGUAUGAAUGGGACUCUAUAGGUAUUGUACGUUUAAGCAGAGCUGCAAUUACUGUAUUCAAAUGUGGAGUUAUUUAUAAACGAGAUCUGUAUGGCAAAGGGUUUGAUAAGAAAUCAAAGGAAUACAAGGAAUUAAAGUCAGUAUGCCACAAAAGAUGUGCUGAAAAACUUCUAGACUUAUGUUGUGCUAACCGCGGAGUCUAUAUCAAAGUAGGACAGCAUAUAGCUGCUCUAGACUAUUUGCUACCUUCGGAAUAUGUUCAAACAAUGAAAGUUUUACAUAGUAAUGCUCCAACGACUGAUAUUAAAGAUAUUUAUAAAGUUAUUAAAGAGGAUUUGAAGAAAGAUCCCUUUGAAAUAUUUGAAUCAAUAGAACCAGAACCUUUAGGUACUGCUUCAUUAGCACAAGUUCAUAAAUGCAAAUUGAAAGAUGGAACAGUUUUAGCUGUAAAAGUACAACACCCUUACGUCCAAGGUAAUUCAAGAAUAGACAUGAAAACUAUGGAAUACUUAGUUAAAAUCAUGAGUUGGAUAUUUCCGGAGUUUAAAUUUCAAUGGCUAGUGGACGAGUCUAAGAAAAAUAUUCCGCAAGAAUUAAAUUUUGCUCAAGAAGGCAAAAAUGCGGAAAAAAUCGCCGAAAUGUUUAAAAACGUCGAGUGGCUCAAAAUACCCGCUGUAAGAUGGGACCUAUCUACUCCAAGAGUCCUCACAAUGGACUUUCUAGAAGGCGGACAAGUAAAUGACCUGAAAUACAUCAAGGAACAUGAUAUUGAUCCCUAUGAAAUAUCAAGUAAAUUAGGAAAAUUAUAUUCUGAAAUGAUAUUUAUUCAUGGGUUUGUGCAUAGUGAUCCACAUCCCGGAAAUAUAUUGGUUAAGAAAAAUCCCAAGGGAGCGUGUGAUAUCAUUUUAUUAGAUCAUGGAUUAUAUGCUACUUUGAAGGAUGAAUUUAGGAUUAAUUAUGCGAAUUUAUGGUUGAGUAUAUUGGACAGAGAUAGAAAGGGCAUGAGGCAAUUUAGUGGAAAUUUAGGAAUCAGCGGUGAUAUUUAUGGGCUUUUUGCUUGUAUGGUAACUGGAAGGACUUGGGAUACUAUCGUCAAAGGCAUUGAUAAGGAAAGUUUUUCCAAAGGUGAAAAAGAUUUUGUGCAACAACAUUUUACUGGUCUACUGCCGCAAAUUUCCACGGUUCUGGAAAAUGUUAAUAGACAGAUGUUGCUAAUACUGAAAACCAACGACCUGAUGAGAGGUAUUGAGCACACACUUAGAACAAGUGCCCGCAUGGGAGCUUUCAAAGUUAUGUCCCAAUGUUGCGUUCAUUCAAUCUACAGGGAAAGAUAUAGAAAGUGUCAAAGUAAAGUUGGAAAAUUGAAAAUUACUCUGGCAGAAAUAUGGGCUUUGUUAAAAAUUAGGUUGUAUUAUACUUUUUUGAAUUUAAGCCUUUUUAUACGAAAUUAGGUCGUUUGAUUUACUUUUUUUCUAAAGUUUUAUUGAACAUAAUUGACAUAAAAAAAAAUAA